UAGGACUGCCGAGGUAUUUUCAGACGUGAAGACGCGAUAGCCUCCUCCCUCGGGGUCGCACACCAGGCCGGGGUGCGCACCAGCUGCAGCAGCUGCGCGCGAGGCUGUGAGCCCAGAGCACAGCUGUCAACCAGGUCCCCAGUCCUGCAGAGAAGGACGCCCGGGCCACUGACUUGCCGCCCUGUCUCUCCACCCGGGAGGCGGCCGCCGGGUCGAGCCCACAGUGUGAAACACUGCAAACUCAUGAACAAUGAAUUCACUUCACUCAUCCUAUUGGAAUACCUCUGCUGAACUUUUGAACAAAUCCUGGAAUAAAGAGUUUGCUUAUAAAACACUCAGCAUUGUGGAUACAGUCAUCCUACCUUCCAUGAUUGGAAUCAUCUGUUCAAUGGGGCUAAUUGGCAACAUCCUCAUUGUAUUCACUAUAAUAAGAUCCAGGAAAAAAACGAUUCCUGACAUUUAUAUCUGCAAUCUGGCUAUGGCUGACCUGGUCCACAUCAUUGGAAUGCCUUUUCUUAUUCAUCAGUGGGCUCGGGGAGGAGAGUGGGUGUUUGGAGGACCUCUGUGCACCAUCAUCACAUCCCUGGAUACCUGCAACCAAUUUGCUUGUAGUGCCAUCAUGACGGUAAUGAGUGUAGACAGGUACUUGGCUCUCGUCCAACCAUUUCGACUUACAAGUUGGAGAACGAGGUGCAAAACCAUCCGCAUCAAUUUGGGCCUUUGGGCAGCUUCCUUCAUUCUGGCAAUGCCUGUCUGGGUCUAUUCAAAGGUCAUCAAAUUUAAAGACGGCGUUGAGAGUUGUGCUUUUGAUUUAACAUCUCCUGAUGACGUACUCUGGUAUACACUUUAUUUGACAAUAACAACAUUUUUUUUCCCUUUACCCUUGAUCUUGGUGUGUUAUAUUUUAAUUUUAUGUUAUACUUGGGAGAUGUUUCAACAGAAUAAAAAUGCGAGAUGUUACAAUUCCAGUGUUCCCAGACAGAGAGUGAUGAAGUUAACAAAGAUGGUGUUGGUGUUGGUGGCAGUCUUUAUCCUAAGUGCUGCCCCUUAUCAUGUGAUACAACUGGUGAACUUACAGAUGGAGCAUCCCACACUGGCUUUCUAUGUGGGUUAUUAUCUUUCCAUCUGUCUCAGCUAUGCAAGCAGCAGCAUCAACCCUUUUCUCUACAUCCUGCUGAGUGGAAAUUUCCGGAAACGUCUACCUCAAGUUCAAAGAAGAGUGACAGAAAAAGAAAUCCACUAUAUGUAAUGUUUCAAGAAAACAUCCUAAAAUCAAGCUUUUAAAAAAUGCAUGGAUUAAGUGAGUCUGAAUGGGCUUGUCCAUGUUCUCAGUAUGAUUAGAAAAUGCAAGUGAAACAAUAAACACUUUCAUGUGUACUUGUGACUCUUGGGAGAGUGAUGCAGAAGAGCAACCAUUCAAAUAAAAUAGAUUAAAUACAUUAACUUUAGUAAAA